UUGGAGUUUAAACUCAUAUACAAUUUUAGGUUUAUUCACAGUGAUUAUAAUCUUGACGUAUUCUAAUUUCUCGUAAUGUUAUAGUUUAAGCGUAGAUAGUCUGCCUUUGAUUAGAUGUACUUACUGGCAUGCUGUGGAAAAAUGGUACGUGAUACUAUCACAAAGAGAAAAUGGUAUCUUUCAAGAUCAAAAAAAAAAAAAAAAAAUCACUUUCAUUUGAUUUCAAGAAGAAAUUUUACAAUAUAACCAUUGCACAUAUACAAUCAUGGUGGUUCCAUUUAGAUCAACCUUGAACAAUAAUUAAAAAUUUUCUCGAUUUCAAGAGAUUCCGCGAAAAACAAAAUGCACUUGCAGGAUAAAUUCAACAGACAUGAAUGCUUUAAAGUUGGAAGACAUUGAGAUCAAAUCUCAGAGGACGAAUCUUAGUUGUCAAAUGCGUGCAAAGUUGAUUCGAAAUUAUAUUAUUAUUAUUAGCAUUACUUAUUUUUAUCAACAAUGUUUUUAAAUGUAAUGCAUGUUGACAGAGUUGGCUCAGCAAGCUUCAUGUUAAAAGAGUUCUUAGUGUUUUUCCUCUUGGUUUUUUAGCAUUGGGUUUGAAGCUAAAAUUUGAGAAAAUUUUGCAAUUUUGACCUCUGUGGGGAAAAAGGGAUAUGAUGGAUAGGAGUGGAUACAAAUCAAAGUAUUGCGGUUUGAGAUUGAGAGGAAACAUUUUGGUUGGUUUAGUUGUUAUAGCUUCAAUGGUAAUUGCAGCAGAAUCAAGGUUGAAACAAGAAGCUUCAACUCACAAUGAGGCUCAAUAUCAUAACAUGACCUCAAUUCCACAUCCUGCCCAGCUUCAUCAUGGAAACAAAAAUCAUUCAGAUUAUAUACAAGUUUGGCCAAAAAUGAAAUUUGGCUGGAAGAUUGUGGUGGGAACAAUAGUUGGAUUCCUUGGAGCAGCAUUUGGAAGUGCAGGAGGUGUUGGUGGGGGUGGCAUUUUUGUUCCAAUGCUCACUUUGAUUAUUGGGUUUGAUGCAAAAUCAUCAGUAGCCAUAUCAAAAUGUAUGAUUACAGGAGCAGCAGCUGCAACAGUAUACUACAAUUUGGACCAAAGGCAUCCUACGAUUGAGAUGCCUGUGAUUGACUAUGAACUUGCUCUUUUGUUUCAGCCGAUGUUGGUGUUAGGGGUUGGCAUUGGAGUUGCUUUCAACGUGAUUUUUCCAGAUUGGAUUAUUACAAUUCUGCUAAUCAUUUUAUUCCUUUUUAUGUCAACCAAGGCACUCUUAAAGGGUAUCGAGACCUGGAAGAAAGAAACCUUAACGAAAAAGGAGGCUGCCAGAUGCCUCGAAUCAAAUGUGUUGGUUCCCAAGCCGCCACCUGAAACCUUAAGCAAUAGUACUCCAACAGAAGCCAAGGUUCCCAAGGUUCCCAAGGUUCCUAAGAAGGCAAAGGUAUCUGUAUUGGAAAAUGUGUACUGGAAAGCACUUGGACUUCUCUUCGCUGUGUGGUUGAUGAUCCUUGCUUUGCAGAUUGCCAAGAAUUACUCGAGAAUAUGUUCCCUGCCAUACUGGUUGUUGGACUUUUCUCAGAUCCCAGUUGCAGCUUCAGUAACCGUAUACCAGGCAAUUUGCCUUUACAAUGGACGUCGAAAGAUUGCAUCCAAAGGAGAAGCAGGAACCAACUGGCGAGUGCACAAGUUGAUUGUUUAUAGUAUCCUUGGUCUAGUAGCUGGUAUGGUUGGUGGGUUGCUUGGUCUCGGCGGAGGAUUCAUUUUAGGUCCACUUUUUCUUGAGAUGGGGAUUCCUCCUCAGGUAUCAAGUGCAACAGCCACCUUCGCAAUGACAUUUUCUGCUUCCUUGUCUGUCGUAGAAUAUUACCUUCUUAAACGUUUCCCAGUUCCCUAUGCUUUCUACUUCUUUGUUGUGACCACCGUAGCUGGCUUCGUUGGGCAGCAUUUGGUAAAAAAGGUGAUUAAUAUGUUAGGAAGAGCAUCGAUAAUCAUCUUCAUUUUGUCCUUCACAAUCUUGGUCAGUGCAAUAUUACUAGGAGGGGUUGGCUUGGCAGACAUGAUAAAGAAGAUUGAGAGGAAGGAGUAUAUGGGAUUUGAUAACAUUUGCUCCUAUUCAUAGACCCAUCAGCAGUGAAGAUCUUAGGGACGCAGAAAUGCUGCUAUUGAGUUCAGAAUAGAUUAACCCAUAAUUAGGCCUAAUUCAAUAUAAUUUAGGACGGGUAGUUAGAAUUUUCUGCAUAUCAUUAUACACUGAGAUAGGUAAAAAUCAAGUGCGAUUGGAUGUUUAAAAGAAAUAUGUAGUAACACUGAAAGUUUGAUUGGAAUUAGAAUUAAUGAAAAUGAUAUUUUAUUUAAUUAAACUAAUAAAAUUAUUUACCAUAAAUUAAAGACAAAUAAAUAUAUCUCUUUAUAUGAAAAUUCAAUGAAAACUCGUGUUAUUUUGUUGCAUAUGUGAAUCGGAUUUAGAGAUUCUGGACAAGUUUUUUCCAAUUAUUUAAUUCAACUAAAGACAUUGCCAUUGAAAAGUAGUUUAUUCUUAUUGUUAGAUUGGAAGGAAGUAGAGGCUCUGGUCCACCAGAUAAUAUGUUACGUUCUGUAUU